CUCACCUUCGACCUAUCCAUCUUGACAGUGUCGUACGAGUACCUAAAGGACGAUCUCACAUGUCUGACCGACGGUGACCUCCACGUUUGUUGAUUAAGAUCGCCAAGACCGAAGGCCGGCGGCCGGCGGGCAGCGGGCAUUUUCAAGUGGUUGUGUAAAAGAUGGAGUUGCCGCUUACUUUGGAGCCCGGGACUCCUCCACUCGACGAUGACAAGGAGAAAAUUGAUGUAGUUAGUACACCUUCUUGGAGUUCAUACCUAUAUCAAAACUUUCUACUACCUGCUCUUUCUCCCAAUAUCGCCACUCAGUGGUUAACCUCUCCUUCCACCAUGGACAACAACAUGUCAAAUCAGAACCAAUCGGACGGUAAUACUAUCAACAAUCCGAAUCCUCCGGAUUAUUUCUCCUCACAAUGGUCCUCACCGAACAAUCCUUCGGCCAUCAAAGAAGCAGCGACCAUCACGGCUCUUGUCAACAACGGUGGGGCGAGUUAUCAACCACCUGUAAUACCCUAUCGACCUCAAAUGUCUUUCUCGUUCAUGGGGAAUUACCCUAACACUUACCCCAAUCUGACAGCUAUCAACACUUCCCUGCUAGCCCCAACUCCAGUUCCAAUCCCGGUCCCACCACCUAGGGCGAACACAGCUCCCAUGAUGGUCCCCAUGACAACGGUAGGUUCAGGCACGUUUGGUAGUUGGCCGCCUACCCGACCUUAUAACCUGGAGACUACAUCAACCUCAACGACCAUGUCACCCAGGGUGGAUAUUAUCGAUUCACACGAACUCACUCAUACUCCUGAAUCUCUUCCUAGACCUUUAUCAAGACAUUCUCCAGGUUCUCCUCGUAUACAUCCCACUUCCAAUCUCUCUCGAACCAGUACGACUAGAACUGCUAGAGCUCUCAGACAGAAUAAACGUUCGCAAAGUCCUCAUCAUCUUCGUUCACCCAAACCCAACAAACGUCGUCGAUCUUCGUUACCUACGGACGAAGAAUCUGGGGAUGCGGAAGAAUCUCAUGCGGAUGGAGAAGACUCUCACGGGGAGGGAGAUGGAGAAGGUGAAGUUCCAGAAGGUGUAGAAAGGGAUGGAAUAAUAUGGGGUAUGAAGGUUGAAGAUUAUCGAAGUUUGAACGCGAGGGAGAGAAAGAGAGUACGGAAUAGAAUAUCGGCAAGAACGUUUAGAGCGAAGAGGAAAGAACAUCUUAAUUCGUUAGAGCAUACCUUGGAGACGAAAGAUUCACAAAUCAAACGUGCAAAUGCCGAAGCUAACCGCUUAAGGCAAGAAGUCAAAGAACUCAAGAAACGACUCUCAAAAUACGAACAGUAACCUUUUCUGUAAUCCAAAUAAUGUCUUGAGCAUCGUCGACAAUCCCCUGCCAUCUCGUCUCGUCAAACACCUAUGUUUCGCUACACCGCAUCGAUAUGAAUGGAGCGGGAAGGAGGAGAAUCAGCCAGGAUAUGUACGAGGCGGUGCGGGUCGUGGGAACGGAGAAAAGGAUAGUUAGACAAGAGGCGUAGACAACGGCCGUAUGUAUCCAAUACUACC